UAGGUACCACCAUUACCUACUCUCAUUUUUCUUAAGCCAACUUUUCCUUUAUUUUCUUCAACUCGAGGUUUGCAAUGUCAACUUCAUUGAGUUGGACGACGCCGAUGUCAAUCCAAGUACUCCAGUCUAGUGUGCUGUGCUCGUGUUUUUCGUGCAAAGUGCAAAUGUUCGAAAUUCAAUUCGUGUGCAGGUGUAUCGAGUCGUUUUAGUAGUAAAUACUCGUACCUACUCGUACUUACUUGAUAUUUUGUGCUACGAGUAUGCGUUAUUUUUGACCAACAACAGAUACCUACUUAUCCGAGAAAUAACCAAAUAAUUUGACUCGGGGAAGCACUCGGUACAGUUUCGCAGAGUGCGCAGCAAUUCACGAAAAUGGCGAAGAUUUACAGCUAUUCGAUCAUAGUCAUCAUCCUGACGACGAUAGUAUUCUUCAAUUAUUGCAAAGGAUACGAAAUCUCGUCGAAAGAUUCCCACCUAAGAUUAUCAUCUCAACUCGAUUCGAGUCCUCGAGACCAAGCUAAUUAUCACCACUAUCGAAGAUCCGAUCACCACGACAAUCAAAUCCCUCAACAGCAUCACAUUGCGUUCAAUUCUAUACCAAAAUCAAACAAAUACCAGGGCUGGAAACCCAUCGUAAGUUCUCGCAGUUUACCAGCGGUGAAAUAUUUUCAAAAAUCAACCCCUCAAGAAAGUCAUUCUCAAUACGCAAAAUCCGCAGUCACCGAGUCUAGUCCUGUCAACGACCCGAUUACCGAACAAGCAGUUCUGUUCAUUCAGCAAAGCUCCACCGAGGCGACUGUAAAACCUUGGAAAAGCCCGACAAAUAAGAUCAUAAAAGAAGACGAUAUAAUGUGGAUGCAUUACGGUCCCGUUGACGAUGACCAAGACCAACACGACCAACCUUCGACGACAGAAGCGAAUCUUGAAAACGAUAUAAAUUACGAAAAACCUAACUCGGAGAAACAAUACCAUUCUCAAUACAGAGUAAAACAAUCGACGAAGGAUUUACCCAAAAACAUAUACGAAAUCAUAGACCAUUCUCCUCCUACUUUUAAACCUAUCGCUGCCGUAAGUAAAGGCGACGGUGUUGCUGUCAAUUCUUCUUGGAAGGCGAUCAAUCUCGACGACAAAAUGCAGGCUACCGAAACUCGUUCGUCGAUCGAAGCAGCAUCUAGCUCUAGCACUAGCACUAGCACUAGCACUAGCAGCGAUAACGAUAAAUACUCGUCGUCGUCGUCGGUCGAUUUACAUACGAGUAAUACCCUAGAAAAUGAAUUCGAUUCGAUGCACUCGGCCAAGGAAGCGACAGGCCCGCGCAAGAGUGAUAUUUACGAUGCCCCCGACAAUGAGAGAGUCAUAAAAAUCAACCGCAACCCUUCGCGAUCCCAACCGCCCGUCGAUCCCGUCGAUAAAAAUAAAAACGAGCAACGGUACUACACGCAAAUGGACAUUAAAAGCACCCCUAUAAACGUGCAUCCCACCGCAGAAACUCCCGACGAGAACGACGAGCCUGAUAGCUGGCUAUUGUCGUAUUUUCGAGGACAAAAUCACUCCGCCGGGAAAGGAGGUAAAUUUUUAGGCAAACCGAUCGUGAUCGCGGAACAAACCCAAACCCAAACCCAAACCCAAGCCCAACCUUCGCCUUACUUCACCGCCGAAUACUAUCGUACACUUUUCGACAGCUUUAGCCGAGAAGAUAGGUCAUUCGAUAGAAGAUCUUCUCAAAACGACUCGAGUCACGAACUAAAAUCGUCCGAGCAAACUAACCCCAAACACCGAGACCAAUCUGGCACGAGCAAUGAAACCAACGCCAACGCGCAGAAUUGUACUUCCGCCGGUCAAACCAGCUGUAAUAAGAGUUCCAAAAACAAGAAUCAUCAGCUGUCCUUCAAGCCUCAUCGAAGAAAUCAUAAUUUUAAUGUUUUCAAAUUCAUGGGUAUUGACGUGAAAGACUUGAUGCCGAAGACGUUGAGGACGAAUAUUUACAUAAUUAAGAAACUUCUUACCGAAUGUUACACCGAACUACAAGACGAAGAUCCUAGUCCGAUAGUCUGCAUGAAAAAAAUCACCACCAAAGUAUUAGAUAAUGCCAUAGACAGCGAAACCAUCAAAUUAACCGACAGCGUUUCUUUGGUCAAGGAAAAUGUUACCUCUAUCGUGGAACACGAAAGCUCCAGAUCAAGCUCUUCGAAUAUAGACUGGAUAUCGAAUACGAUAGAAAAAAUGUCGAGACUAUUUUCAACUCAUUCGCUUCGAGUGCAAUUAGUCAACUCGCAAGAAGAUCAUAAAUAUCAAAUCGAAGGUCGACGACGCCAUUAUUUCCGCCGGGUUUUUCCGGUGAUCGCCGGCGUUUACUUGACUAUAACGGCCGUCUUGAUACCGGUAGUUUUCCAAUUUAUGGCCAUGAUGGGCGGCAAAUCGUUCGUCGUUGCCAAAAUUGCCCUGAUUUUCGCCAUCCUCAGUAGCGUUAGUAAAUUCCUAGCCUCAGGAGACCACUCGCAUUCUCAUCAGCAUCACCACGCGCCACCACCACCGUCGUACCAUCCUCCACCGGCGUACCACCCUCCUCCGCAUCCACCUCACGAAUCACCCUCUUAUUACGAACAUGCCCAUCCGCAACAAUGGAAAAAAUCCGAUAAACGUUUCAAAAGAGUACCGAUUAAUUAUUCCUAUUAUACUGUAGAAUAAAGCCACCGUUAAAAGUUUUCUUCAAAAAUUACCUACCUACGUUUUUCAUAAUUUUUUACUGCGGUAUCGUUUAAAAAGAAAAUUAAAAUUAGCGUGUUUUUGUGCGAAACGUGACAAUAAUUAAACGAAAUCGUUCUUUAGCGGAAGAAAGAGGCCGUAUCACAUUUUUUUAUUUUUUUUAUUUUUUAUUACGUAGUAGAUGAAAAAUUGAGAUUUAUGAGAUUGAGAACUACAUAAUUUGGUUGUUUAUCGAGUAGGUAGCAGAAAUUCGUUUGUAGAGAUGGCAAAUUCAUAUAAGAAAUCAGAAUCAACACGACAUAGUACGCACGUAUAAAAAUCUAAAGCGUAAAAAAAGAACAAGAAAGAAAAAUUCAUGUGGCCCAAAAGUUUUCAUCGAGGAUUCUCCAAGUCUCAUCAACGCAUAGAUAAUACAUAAUAGGUAUUAUUUAUUCCAAGUUUGUUUUUUUUUUUUUUUUUUUAUAUUUCUCUAAAGAGAUAUUCAAAUAUUU